AUGGAUAUAGUAUUAGUUAGUCAUCACGAUGCAUACACAUAUGCCCCGAAAUGCCAACGCACAUUUGUCAUAUGUCGUACUCACAUAUUCCGACCAAUACAUCUCCAAAAAGUUGGGAAACAGUGUUUGCCAGCUUGUCCGAGGCGAGAACCCAAGCCGUGGAGGUCACUGUUUACUAGUUUAACUGCGGCGGGCGAAUCCUUGACCGGCAAGCAUCAAGUGGGAUUUCGACUGGGUAGAGGUUGCAUCGCCCACAUAUGCAGUCUCCGUCAGCUUGGUUUCAUGAAUGCGUUCGAUUCUUGUAGUCAUCAGUUUUGUCAACCACAUUUGCCUCAGAAAUUUGUCAACAUCAUCCGGCGCCUAUAUUCACACCUUGAGAGUGUGCACUUGAGGGUGUAUGGAGAGUUCUCUAGAAGAUUCUUAACAAAAAGCACUAUCCUGCUUCCCUGUUUAACUUCAUCGUCGAUGCAAUACUGCAAGGCCAGUCCCUUUUAUGUUGUCCGACAUAAUGUGGAAGUUGGGAAACAGUGUUUGCCAGCUUGUCCGAGGCGAGAACCCAAGCCGUGGAGGUCACUGUUUACUAGUUUAACUGCGGCGGGCGAAUCCUUGACCGGCAAGCAUCAAGUGGGAUUUCGACUGGGUAGAGGUUGCAUCGCCCACAUAUGCAGUCUCCGUCAGCUUGGUUUCAUGAAUGCGUUCGAUUCUUGUAGUCAUCAGUUUUGUCAACCACAUUUGCCUCAGAAAUUUGUCAACAUCAUCCGGCGCCUAUAUUCACACCUUGAGAGUGUGCACUUGAGGGUGUAUGGAGAGUUCUCUAGAAGAUUCUUAACAAAAAGCACUAUCCUGCUUCCCUGUUUAACUUCAUCGUCGAUGCAAUGCUGGUGCGAACACAGGAAGUUCUCCAAUAUCCGGCAGUUAUGUUGGGAAAGUUGUAGAUAG